AACAGGUCAGGGCUACGUUCUGUCGGAGCUAACGCUGCAAAAAAAACCUGCGAAAAUGUCCAGAGACACGGUACUGCGAGCUCUCAUGAACCAGCGGCUCACUGCGGACUACGACGAGGAGCUGUGCCGGUCCCGGGAGAGCCAGAACCAGAGGAAACAACGCCUCCUCGACUCGGUUCUCCUGCGUCCGCGAUCCGAGCUGCACAAAGCGGGUGUCCAGAUGCCCUCCCUGAGUCCCAGUCUGAACCACGCGUUUUCGGAGCCUCCACAGGUUAAAGAGGAGCCCGAGGAGGAAGAGGAACUGAGCUUUAAACUGGAGCCAGAGCUAGAACCAGAACCAGAGCCGCUGCCAGUGCCUGUCCGAAUGCCCAGAGGUUACUAUGACAACAGAGGAGAGUCGUCUCUGCUUCAGCAGCAUUUACCCAUGCAGAUUAGAGUUCAGUCUGGAGAGAUUCCCUUCACCUAUGUCCAGAUUCCCCCGCUGAGCCCUGGUCCUGGUCCCAGUCUGAACGAGGAGGACAUCCCAGAGACUGCACAGAUUAAAGAGGAGCCAGAAGAGUCAGAGGAGCUGGACGAGGCAGAGGAGCGGAUCAUCAAACAGGAGGAAGAGCCGCUGCCAGUGCCUGUCCCUGCGUCGGUGAUUGUGAAGAGAGAACUGUCGCUCACACAGGCGGAGGACAUGAGCUCAGACACUGAGGGAGAUACGGACAAGUCUUCAGACAAUGAAGACGAGUCCAGGCCUCCGCUCAGUUUGGCUGCACAGAUGGAGACCGAGGCUGAAGGAGACCACUUCAACCAGGUCCAGAUGCCCGCCAGCGCUCCUGUGAACAACGGAGACGGCUCCGGAACAGCUGAAGGAGCAGAGGGGAAGAAGUUCCAGUGCUCUUUUUGUAUGAAGACGUUUGGAAGAAAACAGCAUUUACAGAUGCACAUAACUGUUCACACGGGAGAGAAACCGUACAUCUGUCCAAUCUGUCAGAAAGACUUUACUCACUCCUCCAGCCUUACAAAGCAUAUAAGAUCUCACACAGGAGAGAGACCUUACAGCUGUUCAGAAUGUGACAAAACCUUUGCCCAUAAGAGUGUGUUAGAUGUACAUAUGAGGAUACAUACAGGGGAAAAACCUUUCAGGUGUCCCUUCUGUGAUUUAGGCUUCACUGGAGGCUCGAAUCUAAACCGACACAUGAGGCGACACACAGGGGAGAGACCUUACAGCUGUUCCAUUUGUGAGAGAACAUUUACCCAGAAGGGUACUUUAGACGACCACAAGAGGAAACACCUGGGAGAAAGACCUUUCAGCUGUUCCUUCUGCAAAAGAGGAUUUACACAGAAAUCUGAAUGGAAAAGACACCUGAAAGGUCACGCGGGAGAGAUGCCCUACAGGUGUUUGACCUGUAAUAAAACCUUUGCUGAACAGAGUAUUCUGGAUGAACACAGUCAAAUCUGUGCAGACGAGUACCCCUACAGCUGUUCAGUGUGUAGUAAAGGCUUUAGGAAGCGCUGUAACCUCAGAAGACACUUAAGGACUCACACAGGAGAGAAACCUUACAGCUGUUCAAGCUGUAAUAAAAGCUUUAAUGAAAACUCUAAACUCAAGAGACACAUGAGGACUCACACACAGGAGGAGGCCGAACAGAACGAGACUGAAGAGCACGCAGAACCUCUGACAGAAGAACAGGCUGAAGAACAACCAGAACCUCACACACAAGACCAGACUGAAGAACGCGCACAACCUCUCACAGACGAUCAGGCUGAAGACAACAUGGCUGAAGAACACAGGACUCACUCUAGCGACGAGCAGAACGAGACUGAAGAACACACGAAACAAGACCAGACCCAGCAGAACGACUGAAGGGUUCAACACUUUACUCCGUUUAGAACUGGCUCAGAAUUCUGUAGCGGAAUCUCUUCGAAAGAUUCUGCCUUUUCUUUUCUUUGACUGAAUAUUUAUAAUGUAUUGAAUUUUAUACUUGCUGCUUGUAUGAACAGGUCAGCUGCAGUCCGUGGAGAGAAAGACAGAGAAGGAGAAAUGCCUUAACACAAUUUUAAUGGAACUAUUAACCCUAAUGAGAUGAAUCGACGAGUCCAGCCCGUGCAUCCAAGUGGACAAUUCCAAUCCGACCUAAGAAUCUUCUGGGUUGGUGUUAGAUUGUCAGAUCCAGAGGCACAAACUAUCACCAUAACCCCGUCCAUAACUUUAUAUUUAUUACUUUAGGGGUAUUAUCAGGGUGACCAGAUGUUUCUAUUUACCCGGGACAGUCCUAGUUUUGAGCCCUGUGUCCCCUGUCCCAGCAGAUUUAUCCAAAACUGCUGAUUUGUCAUAGUUUUAUACAAGAAAUGUCCCAGAUGUCCUUAUUUUUCACUAAUCUGAUCCCUGCCAACAGUAAAGAGAGGCAUAAAUUGUCAUUUGUUUAGGUAAAAUACAGAAAAGCUGCUUAAAAGUGACCAAAACACAAAGAAAAUGUGACUGUACUGACUCACAUUAUUGCUGAAUUACGCACUUGUUUCACGAUUUUAUUAUUACCAACCACCAGGGAUGUCCUGUUUUUUUUAUUUUGAAAAUGUGGUCACCCUCGGUAUUAUACCACCCACCUUUAUGAUUACCUUUAAGAUUCUGUGCAAUACUCGACUCACAAGUCUAUGUCUCAUGCUCCCACUUGACAGUUCUACAUAAAUAUACAAAAAUGUGAUAUAAAACUCAGCACAACGACUUUACAAACCUGUAAUGUGCAGUAGUUUCAUUAGCGGGAUGUAACGUAUUUUUCGGACUACAAGUCUCUCCAGAGUAUAAGUAGGACCAGCCAAAAAAUAUGGGAUGUAAAAGAAAAAACAUAUAAGUCUCACUUUUUUCGAGAAAUGUAUUUUAUAAAAUCAGAGACCAGGAACUGACAUUUCAUCUUAAAAGUCAAGUUCUAGUAAAAACAAUAGAAGAGAGAACAACAGACUGUUAACGUCACAUAUGAACAGUUCUUCAGAUAAACUAUAACAUAAACAACAGAACAGAACAAGUUUAACAAACUCUCCAUCUCACUCCAAAUCACUAAAUCCAUUCAAUUCUUCAUCCUCGGUGUCAUUUUUGAGAAACUCCAUGACCUCCAGAGGUAAACAGAGCGCCUCUUCCUCUUCUGUGUCGCUGUCAUCAGACACAGCAUCAGUUCCAGUUAGAAUUAUGUCGACUUUUCUGAAUCCCGACAGGAUGGUUUCGGUGUCACUGAAGUUCAGACUUUGUCCAUCCAUCCAGUGACUUCAGGAAAGUUUCAUGGUGCGUCCUCCCGAUUGUCGUGGAGAAAAUUCAGUUUGUCGACUGGACAAAAGUUUGGUUGAAGAUGUUUCGCAGAUCAUCCAAGCUGCUUCUUCAGUUCUGGUCAGACGCUGGUGGACACUUCCUUAUAUCUGUCUGCAGGGAGGAAAUAACUACACUGAAACCAACACACCUACUUUUUUACAGUUUCUGUUUGUUAGUUCGGCCUAUUGACCUGUACAGGGUGUGGGGUCUAAUUAGCAGAACAAUUCAUGGCCAUAAUGGAGCUUCCACACCUCUGGACCUGACCUGGAUACACCUGUUGUUUGUUUUGAAUUAGGUUUGAGGAUGGAGUUGUAAAUAGGAGAUAGAAGGUGUCUAA